AUGAAGAAAUCAAAUUUCUUUACCCGUCUGUCCUUUGGCUCAGACAGAAAGUCGGCCGAAGAGACUAUCGACAACUCAGACAGAGAAUCACUCGAAGAAGUUAUCGGCGACCCAGACAGAAAUUUGGUCGAACAAACCAUCGAAGACUUAUACCAAAAGAUUGACAACACUUCUGAGUCAGUCUUAGAAGACCAGCAUAUUACAGAGCUGCCAAUAAGCAUUUCCGAGUUAGACAUGACUAGUCAGGAAAGCCAAAAUAACACAACAGAACUGCUCUCGUUCUUCAAACCCAUGAGCGAUGAAGUCUACAACGGUUACACCAUCUUCGAGAAGGACGACGCCUCCGAGACAAUUGAGACUUUAGGCGAACCUUAUCCAGGUUUGAGUACUAUCGCUAUCGCCGAUGGUCUCAGUUCGGACCUUGCCUGGUUCGUGAAUUGUGCACACAGGAAUGAAAUUCCUAGAGAUGAAUACGGGUUCAUGUCAACUCUUGGUAGCCUCACCGGAUGGCUUUUUCAACAUAGCCUCUAUGAUUACGGCAUCGACGUGAACUAUUUUCAUCACAUAUUCAACAGUCGAAAAACGAUACCAGAAACUAGGUACCAGGGACACUGGAGGAGAUUUCCAAAUGCCGAUACAGAAAUAAAGCCACAUUUCAUGGUCACCAUCAGCAUUGAUUUGAAAAAAGAGGAGAAGCUUCUUCGAGUAGAGGCGCUUGCAAUUUUGGCAGCUAUGAAGGGUUGUUUCCAGGAUCGUCGGUUGAAGAAGCACGUUGUCUUUCCUAUUAUGCUCUUUUCAUUCAUGGGUGAGUAUGGACGUGUCAUCCAGGCUUAUUACGAUGGACAACGUUUCGUCAUUCGCAAGAGCCGAUUGUUUUCAUUUCGGAACUCUACGAUCACCACUCUGGAUUUGUUCGUCCGGUAUGUCGCCAAUACGCCAAUAGGGAACACAAAAGGGCUCCUGAAGCAAAUAUCAACGCAGCCGAACUGCAGUGAAGUGGACUCAAAUGUCGAGACUGAUAUCCGUAAAGAGCAUCCAAAGAUCCAUACCAACGAUUCGCCAAAAAGACGAUCCAUCAAAGUUCUAAUUACUUCGGUGCCACCUGGACUGAAGCGCAAGAGGGACAGUGUUUUUCAUCGACACAAGGGACCAACUGAUUAUACCAGUAAGAGGGCUAUUGCUCAGGAAUUGAUGUGA